AUGGUUAUGCAAUCGCAGGUCGUCGCUUCUGCUUUCAAGUCUCCCGGACUCACAGCCUACAAACGAUCCUAUCAGAAGAAAGGACAAAAGGAUAUUCACGAACAAGUAUUUGGCUCCCUCUCAGAGAUUGUUGGUGAUCACCAUGUUCCAAAACGUGUGGUCUAUCCAGGAUGUCAUCGCCAUAUUACGGCUUCCCUCUGCUUUCCAAAUAUGGACUACGUAGAUUGUGACAAGAAAGUCGCAAAUGUCUACCAAGAUGAGGUAGUCAAGGACUGGAUACUCUCAGAGACACAGGAGCAAUCCUCAACGACGACGACGAUUGCACGACCCAAGUGGACCUUUACAUGUACCUCCUAUGCUGCCAUGGCACAGAAUGCCAAGUUCGAGGACGAAAGUUAUGACUUGAUGAUUUCGCUCUCAGCAGGCAUCGUCUCAGAGCCAUGUUCCCGAUACAUUCGACCAGGCGGUCACUUUUUGGUGAACGAUUCUCAUGCUGACGCUAGUGCCGCCUUUGUUGCCAAAGAUGAGAGCAGCAACAAGACAGCAAAAUUGUUCCGCUUGAUUGCAGUCUGGAAGGAUGGACUAUGGAAUACAGCUGAUUUAGAAGAUUACUUCCAGACUACCAAAGGUGAAUACAUUUCUGUGGAGCAAGCUCGUGAAGCAGCCGAAAUCGGUAGCGUAUCGAAACGCUCGUUUCGUUUGUUGAAAGGUGCCCCGUUCUAUCUCUUUCGAAAAAAGGCAGCAGAUGAUGGCGACACAGCAGCAGCAGCAGCAGCAGCAGGUGAAAGCAAAGGCCAAUCGAGGAAGCGCCGUAGAGUAAAAUAG